CCAACACUUAUAUUAAGAGCUUUUUCUGCUAUCUUAACACUUGGAUUGUCAACCGUUUUUAAUGCUGGAGUUAAUUAUUAUACACAGGAGGCGGUUCGACUUCUUGUUCAUUGCCGUAAUUGUAAGCGUAACAUGGCUAUUACUUGUGAGCUUACAUCAUCUGGAAAGAUAAUGUGGUGGGGCUACUAUGGAUACUAUAUUACACGCAAAGAGUCGAAAGAAAUUGAACAGAAUUUGUCUUACACUACGAUCAAAGAUGUGUUUGACGAUAUGUGGCAAAGUCAUGAUGGUAAUAGUAGUUGCGAAUGGGCAAGAGAUUUCUAUGGAAAAAUUAUUGAACUGACAUGAAAGAUUUUUG